CUGAUACAGCAGCCACGUGCUCCAUGUUCCGAUGCGCAAACGCGUUCGUGAACUACCGCGAGUGUAGUGGUUGGGUCAAGGGGAUCGGAGGCAACAACGCCCCCGUUCCUCCCCUAGGGUACGGAGACGUGACCGUAGUCUUUCUGACCGAAGGCGGUAGGGUACCAGUGCUAAUCCUGAACGCCGCUCAUGUGCCCGAGUCCCCCCACAACCUUCUCUCACUGUCGGCGUUGGCCGAGGAAGGCCACACGUAUUCCGGCCAGAAGGGGGGGCUGACUCUCACUACGAGAGCCGGGGGGAAGGUGUGGUUCCCCCGGCCGGGUAAGCUGCUAACUCAAGAAGGCUAUCAGAUCGAGCCGAAGGUAGACAUCGCCUGUGCCGCAACAAUUGUUCCUGGCGAUGCGAAAGCAGCCACCCCCACUGACCUCAACUCCGACCACAAUUCGCACGGCCACACGCACGAGGAACUGCUCCAGAAAACGGCGAAACAGCAAGGAGUGCAGCUGACGGGGGGACCGCUGCUACCAUGCCUCGGCUGUUCGAUGUCCAAGGGGCAGGUGAAGCCCAUUUCAAAGAGCACGGACACACGCGCAGCCAAUAAAUUGUUCCGCCUCUUUCUCAAUUUAGGGGGGAGGAUGCAGUUCAAGAGCAUUGGUGGCAACUGGUACACCCUCAUCAUCCGAGAUGAUUGCACCCGCUGGACACGUGUUUUCUUUCUGAAGCACAAGUCUGACGCCGCUGCCGCGUUCGAGCAAUAUCUGGCGGACUACAGAGCAGAAACCGUCCCGUGUGAGGUGUUUGUCGCACGUACUGACGGCGGCGGAGAAUUCCAGGGCCAGUUUGCGGAGGUCUGCCGUAGAUCCGGCAUCAAGCAAGAAUUCACGCCCCCCAACACCCCCAAGUACAACGGUGUAGCGGAACGAGCGUUGGGGUUGCUUGCUGAUUCUGCGCUUGCCUCCCGCAUCCAAGCGAAAGAGAUGUUCCCCGACGCACCAGUCAGCCCCGGCUUGUGGGCCGAGGCCAUUUCUUGUGCGUGCCACCAGAUGAACUGCACCGCCACUACCGGCAACCCUGGACACAAAUCACCGGAAGAGCUGUUCCACGGUACGCCGCCGCCGGUCGGGUCUACACACCCGUUCCUCAAACCUCUCGUGUUCAAAUCGAGAAGAAAGGCAAGGUCGCAACCAAGGGCGCGAAAGGAUGGUACCUUGGGCCUGCCCACAAUCACCCCCGUGACUGCAUCCGCUUGUUAACCGAAGCUGGUACCGUGGUCACGUCCCGAAAUUUCACCUGGCGUCACGUG